AUGGCCACAGUACAACAACAACAUCAUCAUCAACACCAACCAGCACCACCACCACCACCCACUCAAGACCCCCAACCUCCGCUCUGUAUUGGUUGUAGGAAUCCCAUCGAGGAAGGAUCGGUGAUCGCAUUCGGUGAUGCUCUCUUUCAUUUCGACUGCUUCACGUGUGCAAAGUGUUCUCUCCCUGUGGAUUGCACAUCCAAGCUAUUGCUAUUGGCAGAUGGUCGCCCUGUGUGUGAGAAUUGCUCAUAUGUGUGUGUUGCAUGUAAACAAACAAUUCGAGAUGAAGCGGUGAUGACUGGCGAAGAAGCGUAUCACGCCAAUUGUUUCAAAUGUGUGUCAUGUAAAAGGAGAAUUGAAGAUCUUGUAUUCACUCAAACAAGCAAGGGUAUCUAUUGCACUCCUUGCAAUGAAUACCGACGAGCUCAACGGCAACGGCGGAGAGAAGAAAAGGAACGACGCCAGGGUGAAAGCAGGGAUCGACAUGUGCUUCCUUCUCCAUCCUCAUCAUCACCAUCACGUCUAAGUCGGAUGCUUGAUUCACAAAUAGCAUCGGACUAUCUCAAGAUACAGCAGGCAUUGGUACGAGAAAACGGCGCCGAUAACAAUAAUAUCCAAGUCCGCAGCCAGAGCGAAGACUCUUUGCCUCGUACAUCUUCACGCCAAGACCAACAUCGUCCUCCUUUCUCCCCAGAUAAUCAACAACGUCCACAACAACAACAACAUCAACAACAACCACCUACUCCUAAUCGAUCACGUAGUAGCUCUGUCGAGAUAUCCAACAACAAAUCCAAUAGCAGCAAUACCUUUGCCGCGUAUCCUCCCUCUCGACACGGUCGUCCAAUGCCCAACCAAAAAGCAUCAUUCACUACUACUUCCCCACCUUCGUCGGGUACUGCAUCACCAGCACCAAAUUAUUCAAGUCGUCUUUCUUCCAUCCCAUCAGCAAACAGCUCAGCCGUUUCCUUGACACAAUCCCCUUCCUCAGAUAGCAUUUAUGGUUUAAAUGAUGCUGGUGCUCUCCCCAAGGGAAAUCUUUUCAGUGAUACAACCCUUAAACCAGACCCAUCUCAAAACGACGUCCCCUCAUUGAACCUCUCAUUCUUCGACAAUGACUCCUCCGAUCUACUCAACUUGACAAAAUCGCUCGGUGCCAACUUGGCUGUCGAUAUCAACAAGCCUUCAGAGCAACAGCUACAACAACAACAGCAGCAACGUAGACAACUCAAGACCAAACCAAGCAAAAGUUUGGCAUCAGGUGCCUCUGCCAAAUUCAGCAAAGCAACAGAGCUCUUAUCAUCCUCAUUGCGGCAAGCUACACUUGGCAGUAGUAGUAAUAGUAGCAACAACCAUGGCAACAGCACGUGGAAUGAUUUCCCACAACCUCCCACGCGUGGUCUUAAAUCGAGCACCAGCAUGUUAUCGCUGCGAUCUGUGGACUCCAGUUCUUCCGAGAAAAACUUAUCCAAUGAUAAACCAUCGGUCUCCAAGUUACAGGCUGAAUUGAAGGCAUCCAAUGCAAAGGUAUCUGAGCUGAGCACCAAUUUCAAUAAGAUCAAGGAAGCAAGCAAAAGAGCCUUGGAUGAAUUUGCAAGAGCCAAGGAAGACUUUGCAAAGGAGGUGACCAUUCGACAGCAACAUGAAUACACCAUUCUACAACUACAGCAACAAAUCACAGCAUUGAGUGGUAAAACCAACAGCUACUCUCCUCUCAACAAGGAAGAAAUCGAGCGAAUGUCAAAGACACGUAUGGAAUUGGAUGAAGUGUGCAAACAGCUGAAGGAAUACCGCGAUGUGUUAUCUGCUGAUAUUGCCAACAUGGCCAAGCAAAAGCAAGCUGGACUUGAAAGCUCGGCCACUUCACAUUUGCAAACUCAACAAAAGGCACUCUUGGCAGAAAUCAAGUCAUUGACAGCUGAACGGGAUGGAUUGCAAACCGAGACCAAGGGCCUAUCUCAGCUUCGUGAGGACAUUAUCAGUGAGAUGGUCAUUUUGCAUUCCCAAAAUGCCGAGUUGACAACAAUGAACAAUGACUUGUCACGACGUGUGGGUGAACGAGAACGAGAAGCAGCUGCAGUGAUGGCUGGAACAUCAUUUCUUUAUCCAUCCACAUCAACCGAUUCUCGAUCAGCAGCAGCAGCAUCACCACCAUCACCCAUGGAACGCAAAUCAUCCGAUAUCAGCAGUGAUGUACGCACCGUUGCAUCACGUGACAGCUUCAAUGGCACACAAGCUCCAAAGCUCUUCAAGAUGAAAAAGAGCCCAAGCAACAUGUUUGGUCGAUUCGGCAACAAAUCCAAGACCGAUGUUUCCAAUAGUGGCGGCGGCUUGUAUUCAAUGCAAAAUGCCAGUGUCAGCACCAAUAGCCUUAUGAGCGAAUACCCACCACGUCGUGAAGUACGACAAGGCUCCAAACAAUCUCAAACAAGCGUAUUGCAAGGCUCCCAUUCAUUCCAACCCACGGCUUUUAUUCGACCUGUCAAAUGUGGUAUCUGCUUUGAAAAGAUGUGGGGUCUCUCCGAAUAUCGAUGUCAAGGAUGUGGAUUGUCGAUCCAUGGUAAAUGCUUGAGCCACGCGCCUCAGCUAUGCUUUUCGUCGGGAGGAAAUUCAUUAGAGCUCACAAGCCCACUAUCGGAUACCGACACACCCAAGGUGAUGAGCAUGUUUGGCAAUGAUCUUGGUGCACAAGCAGCGCAAGAAGGCCGUUCAGUUCCAUUGAUUGUGCAAAAGUGCAUUGAAGCCGUCGAAGCACGUGGCAUGGAUUAUGAAGGCAUCUAUCGGAAAUCGGGUGGUGCUGCUCAAAUGCGAGCUAUUCAAGUGGCAUUUGAUCAAGGCGAAGAUGUGGAUCUCGUAGAUGAGGAUGAAUACAAUGAUAUUUGUUCGGUGACCAGCGUACUCAAGCAGUAUUUCCGUGAGCUUCCCAAUCCUCCUUUGACAUUUGAAUUGUACACCAACUUUAUCGAUGCCGUCUCAUUGGCAGCAGGACCCGAGAAAACAGAUAAAUUCCUUGAGCUCUUGUCUCAAUUGCCAAAGACAAACUAUGAUACCCUUAAAAUGCUUCUUGAGCAUCUUCAACGUGUCAGCAAAUACAGCCGAGAAAAUCGAAUGACAAGCAAGAAUCUGGCACUCGUCUUUGCGCCUACACUGAUUCGAGGCGAAGAUUCAUCACGUGAACUUUUAGACAUGAGCUACACCAACGCAUUAAUGGAGUAUCUUAUCUCAUCAGCACAUGAGCUUUUCGUCGAUGAUGGCGAAUCACAGUAG